AAGGCUCGGUUUGCUGCCAGAGGUGUUCUCCUUCGCCCAGGGAAGUUUGGAGCAGGUGCCCGAGCGCUGAAGUCUGCGGCUCAGAUUAUCAACUUGUGGGAAAUAGAGGCCAAAUGACCGAUUUAUGAUGCCGGCACGGGUCUGCUGCUGCUGCGCUGCCCUGCGCCCGCGAUACAAGCGCCUGGUGGACAACAUCUUUCCCGAGGACCCCAAAGAUGGCUUGGUCAAAUCGGACAUGGAGAAGCUGACCUUCUACGCUGUCUCCGCCCCAGAGAAGCUGGAUCGGAUUGGCGCCUACUUGGCAGAACGGCUGAGCCGGGACGUCAUCCGCCAUCGCUACGGGUAUGUCUUCAUUGCAAUGGAAGCCCUGGACCAGCUGCUGAUGGCCUGCCACUCGCAGAGCAUCAAGCCCUUCGUGGAGAGCUUCCUGCACAUGGUGGCCAAGCUGCUGGAGUCUGGAGACCCUGAACUGCAAGUCCUGGGGACCAAUUCCUUUGUCAAGUUUGCGAACAUUGAGGAAGAUACUCCUUCCUAUCACCGCCGCUACGACUUCUUCGUGUCCCGCUUCAGUGCCAUGUGCCACUCCUGCCACGACGAUCCGGAAAUACGGAACGAGAUCCGGAUCGCCGGCAUCAGGGGCAUCCAAGGGGUUGUGCGGAAGACUGUGAAUGAUGAGCUGCGGGCCACCAUCUGGGAGCCUCAGCACAUGGACAAGAUCGUCCCCUCCCUGCUUUUCAACAUGCAGAAGACGGAAGACCCUGAUGGUCGAAUUGGACCACCAGCCUCUCCAUCGGGUGAGAAGGAGGAGAAUCCGGCUGUCCUGGCGGAGAACUGCUUCCGAGAACUGCUGGCCCGGGCAACCUAUGGGAACAUGAGCAAUGCCGUCAGGCCGGUCUUUGCACAUUUAGGCCAUCACAAACUCUGGGAGCCGAAUGAGUUUGCUGUCCAUUGCUUUAAGAUCAUCAUGUACUCCAUCCAGGCCCAGUAUUCGCACCACGUGAUCCAGGAGAUCCUGGCGCAUCUGGACAGCUGCAAGCGAGACUCGCCCCGCGUUCGAGCUGGGAUCAUCCAGGUGUUGCUGGAGGCGGUGGCCAUCGCGGCCAAGGGAUCCAUCGGUCCCACCGUCCUGGAGGUGUUCAACACUCUGCUGAAGCACCUGAGCCUGAGUGUGGAUUUCGAACUGGGCAACACGAGGGGCGAUCGCGGCCACACUGCCCCCUCUGCCCCCUCUAAGGACAACGACGAGCGCAUCGUCCAGAACGCCAUCAUCCAAACCAUCGGUUUCUUUGGAAGCAACUUGCCCGACUAUCAGCGGUCGGAGAUCAUGAUGUUUAUCAUGGGGAAGGUCCCAGUCUUCGGGAUCACCUCCCAGGCCUUGGACAGCAGCGAGUUUGGGGAUUUGGGAACCAGGAGGAUUCAAAUCAUGCUGUUACGGUCGUUGCUGAUGGUGACCUCCGGCUACAACGCCAAGAGCAUCGCCUCGGUCCUCUCGGGGCCCUUCCUGGACCCCCUGCUGUCCACCUCCCUCAUGGAGGACUCCGAGCUGCGGCAGCUGGUCCUGGAGAUCCUGCACAACCUGAUUGACCGGCACGACAACAGAGCGAAGCUUCGAGGGAUACGGAUCAUCCCGGACGUGUCUGAUCUGAAGAUAAAGCGGGACAAAAUUUCCCGGCAGGACGUGAGCUUCAUGAAGAAGCACGCCCAGCAGCUCUACCGGCACGUCUACCUGGGCUGCAAAGAGGAUGACAACCUGCAGAAGAAUUUUGAGCUGCUCUACACGUCGCUGGCCCUCAUCACCAUCGAGCUGGCCAACGAAGAAGUGGUCACCGACCUCAUCCGCCUGGCCAUCGCCCUGCAGGACAUCGCCAUUCUCAACGAGGACAACCUGCCGAUGUUCAACCGGUGCAGCAUCAUGGGCCUGGUGGCUGCCUACCUCAACUUCCUCAGCCAGAUGAUCGCCAUCCCGGCCUUCUGCCAGCACGUCAGCAAGGUGAUUGAAACCAGAACAGUGGAAGCCCCCUACUUUCUGCCGGAAACCACCGUUCGAGAUAAGAGCAGCAUCCCCCCAAACUUCGACAGGGACGACAAGAACCUGUUCUUUCUGACUCACAAGAUUGUGGAAUCCUUAGGUGGCAGUGGCUACAGCGCGGAGAGGCUGUCGGUCCCUUACGUCCCUCAGGUGACAGAUGAGGACAGGCUGUCACGAAGGAAGAGUAUUGUGGACACUGUGUCCAUUCAGGUGGACAUCCUUCCUGGAAACGGCGCAGAAGAUAAGAUCAACAGCACGGAGGAAAUUACCUUUGAAGCACUGAAGAAGGCGAUAGAUAAUACGGGCCUUGAAGAGCAGGAGAAGGAGAAGAGGCGCCUGGUCAUUGAGAAGUUCCAGAAAGCUCCCUUUGAAGAGAUCGCAGCGCAGUGCGAGACCAAGGCAAACCUCCUCCAUGACCGACUGGCUCAGAUACUGGAGCUCACCAUUCGGCCCCCUCCCAGCCCUUCGGGGACCCUGACCAUCACGUCCGGCUGCCCCCAUUACCAAUCGGUCCCCGUCUAUGAGAUGAAGUUUCCGGAUCUUUGUGUGUAUUGAGGGUUUUCCUCUGCUGGGGAUUGUUUUAGUCUUAGAGCAGAGACUGCGCAAGAGCCCCGGAGGAGUUCCUGAGCUCCCUUCACUCUUGGCCACCUUCUAAUUGAGUUUUCCAAAACGGCCAUGGACACGGCCAUGGGGCAGUGAAGGCUGGGGUCGCACCCGAAAUAUCUUUAUUUUGUACACAGUUCUCCAGGCUGUUGCAAAGAAAAAUGAAGAGCGGAGGAUGGUUUAUUUUGGGGCAGCUGGAAAUAAGGGCGUGCUUAGGUUUACCAUUCCACUUUGUCUAGAAGUGACAAUGCCACUUUCCAAUUCUGGGCUGCCUCGUUUCCUAUCAAAACCUUAAUCCUGAGCACCUUAAAACAACGCGAGGUGGGCACUUGGCUGUCGUUAACUAAAGGAUGCUAAAUGCUAGGCCAGGUUGGAGAACUGGCAUGUGCCCACAGUAGUUAAUCUGAACCACAGUUUUGCUUUCUCAAAAAUUCUGUGCUUCUGCAAAUAGUUGUCACACGCACUCUUCUGAUAAAAAAAGGCCUCAUUUUGAGCUUUAAAGCCUGCGGUAUUUUUUCAUGUCUUAAAAAAAAAAAGUCUAGUCUAAAGCCCAUACUUUGGGGUGGGGUGGGGGGAAAGUGUAUUUUUGCUGCACAGCGAUAUAUAGAUAAAUAUAUUUAGUAUAGCACAAGAUAUUCAGGGCAUUUUAAAAUGAGAGGGUUUUUAAAAAACACGUUUCUGAAAUUGUAAUAGAAGAGUUGGUUAUUCUAUGAACUAUUUCUCUCUGUAAUAUAGCGGUGAUAAUGAUAUUUUAUUAACUGAAAAACAAAAAAAAUAUGGAUGGCGCCCCUAGGCAACCAUUUUUUAUUUUUACUGUUUUGUACAUGCUCUCCCCUUCUUUUUCACCUGCCAGUUGCCAUUUCCCUCCUGGUCAAGAUAUUCCCACUUUCUGAUGCUUUUUCAUUAACACCCAUUGCACAACGGGGGUGUAUUUUAAAUGUUUACCCUGCACUACAAAUAACUUCAAAAAUUCCAUAAACAGCUGGCAAGCUUUGGUAAUUCAACAUGUAUACUAGUUGCCAGUUUGCUGAAGGGUGGGUGGUGAUAUAGGUUUGGCCCGGGGACAUGAAUUGGGGAAAAGCCAAGCCCUAGGAAUUAUAUAUUUUUUAAUUUUUUGGCCAGCCUGUUAGAAGAGCCGAACUCUGGACGUGCUCACUGUAACCAAGGCCUUCUUUUCAGUUUGACAGCGCAAUCACAGCUCUUAGAGGACAAAACCGCCUCUCUGGUGCAGCAUCCCCCUGUGAUUGCAGCUGCUCCAGCCUGCUUAGACGAGAGGCAGCGCCCCUCACAGGACGUUCCCCCCUCCCUUGGCACCCUUAGCUCCCCCUUUUUGGUUUCGGAAGGUAAGCUGUAUGGGCGUCUGACGUCAUCCGGGGGGUCGUCUUCCCGAAGAGCCAAAAGCAAAGGGAAGGCCUCCUCUGUCUUUUUCCAAAGUGUGGCUGCUUAUGCGCCAGCCCUGAAGGGAAGGCCACAUGCUCUGCCGUGUUCACCCCAUGCCGCCUGUGACCGGUCCUGCUGUCCGUCCAGCCGCUUCCCCCACUGCUCUGCAUGCAACAGACGCCUGGCCUUUCAUGCCUCAUCUGCUGGGCUGCCUCCAUCUUUGGUUGUUGUAUUCCACGGUGGAACGGUGACAUUUCCACUACUCUCGUGGCUCUUGUGUAACGUUUAGCGGGGCAGGGAAAACGUGCAAAAAGGGAAGCGGUCGGAUUUUGAGGAGAGGCCUCCUGCGUCUGAAAGCACUCCUCGUGUGGUACAUUGCGCUGGCAUGGAAAAGCGCCAGGCUCCUGCGUAGAUGGUGGUCCAGGAAGCUCAUGCAGCCUCGUUGCUGGUUCUGUAACAAUCCCUCGCAUUCCGGAAACAUCCGAUACAAAGGCCUGCGUACUUGAUCACCCGUGCUCGUGUUGGUGUCGUUCGAAUGUUUUUGUCCCUCGGAAGUCCUGCUGGUAGUUUUAGGUAGGCCAGCCUGUUCCUUAGCAUUUCAGCUGUUCCAUUUGAAAGAAUGCAUAGCUUUCCGUUGGCGUUUUAACGCAAAAAAGGAAAAUUGCUCCACUGCAGAAGACAGUCGUUAACAACCAGAUUGUCUGUUUCACCGAUGACGCUUCAGUAGAUCAGUAGAUUUCUGCACUCUCUGUAACGAGCUGUUCGGUUAAAUGUAAGAACACUGUGCAAAUCCACUUGUAAGCAAUAAAGUUUCCAUGAAGAAUCACAAAA